AAAAGCACAAGCACCCCUCUGUUGUUGUUGUCGCUCUUUUGCUCGAUAUAAUUUUUGCUUUGCGCUGCUCUGCUUUGCUUUUAAGCUCUCAAUUUUGCUUUCAUUUCCAAUUCCGAUUUCAGCUUAGCCAUGGAUUCCUGCAGCAAAUCCCUUCUUGAUUCUGUUUCUCCUUUUAACUGCCUUAUCUUUGAUUUGGAUGACACUUUGUACUCUACCAAAGUUGGAAUUUCCGAAUCACUCAGGAAAAACAUCGAUGAUUUUCUUGUUGAGAAAUGUGGAUUCCCAGAAAGCAGGGCCUCAACUAUCCGUGUUGAGCUUUUCAAAAAAUACGGCAGCUCCCUUGCUGGUUUGAGGGCAUUAGGCUAUGACAUCGAUGCCGAUGAUUAUCACAGUUUCGUACACGGAAGAUUACCGUACGAUUUGAUCAAGCCAGAUUCUCAGCUACGCAACCUCUUGCGUAGCAUUACUCAAAGAAAAAUCAUUUUCACGAAUUCGGACAGGACCCACGCGAUUAAGGUGUUGGAUCGGCUUGGUUUAAAGGAUUGCUUUGAGCAAAUACUAUGUUUCGAGACCAUGAACCCGAACCUGCCAAAUUCGACCCGACCCGAUGAGUUCCCCGUGCUUCUCAAGCCGUCGAUGGACGCCAUGAAAAUCGCGCUUGACGUUGCAGACGUUGAUCCUCGUAGAACGUUGUUUCUCGAUGACAACGUGAAGAACGUCGCUGCUGGGAAAGCUUUGGGUCUCCGAACUGUUCUGGUCGGGAAGACAGUGAAAAGCAAAGAAGCCGAUUAUGCAUUGGAGAAUGUCAACAACCUGGCUCAAGUAAUUCCGGAAAUAUGGGUCCACGGAAUGGAUGGUGGUGAUCAAAGGAUCAGCCGUUCCAAAAGCGAAAUCGAGUCCAUUCUGGCGAUCACAGCCGUUGUUGCUUAAUUGAAUCUCGAUCAAGACCUCUGGCUGGGCUCCAUUGUGUACAAUUGUACAUUGUCAUCUAAAUCAUGUAGUACAUAAAUGUGCAUGUGUUCGUAUGUAUGAAAAUGGGUUUGUCCAUAUAAUGAACUAUAUUAACCCAACCCAAGUAUAUGGUUGUAAUUCUACAAUAAAGCUUUCUACUUACCAUUAUUAUUAUUAUUAUUAUUUUGUGAAAGU